AUGCAAUGCAUAGCAAGAGUUCCACUUUCAAGCCAAGGUUCCAUGACUUUAAUAUCCAAGAACAUCAAAGCCUUCAUCAAUGGCGGAGAAAUCUUCCACGUCAGAUCCCGUCUUAACGUUAAAGAGACCUCAAUACUAGUUGGAAUGAAAUCUGAUGAAAACAACUCAGUGAAUUGGUACAUCUUGAUUAAAAAGUUUUGUAACGACGAAUACCUCCUUCGACGGGUUCCUUUUCCACCCAUCAGCGGUAAAGAUGCUUUGAUUGCGGCUGGUAAUAGAGUUUUAGUACUUGGUGAUUCUGGAUUUUUCUAUGUGGAAGGUGGAUCAUACAAGAAGAAGGUUAUGUCCAAGACUAAAGCCAUACAUUAUGAUCCCAUCACGGCAGUGAUAGAUGACAAAGUUUACGUGUUUGGCGGAUGUUCAAGUGAGGAUGCUCUGAAUUACGUCGAGUUUCUCGACCUCAGCACAAACGAAUGGGAAACUAUCCCAUACCUGAGCAAGACAGAGAGCUGA